CCUGAGUCUGAUUCAAUCCCUUCUUCCCACACAUCCUUCUGUCUCUCACACUAAGGGAAUCCUCAGCACUCCCCACCCAGGCACUGCUGCCUCCAAAUAGCAGGUAUGUAGCCAUGUCAAUCCAUAACCCCCCUGCCCCCCUGCAGGAUCCUGGAUGGGACUUUUAUAGAGAAAUAUUAACAUAUAAAGCCCCCUGCAUUGUGUUCUGCCCCGGACUCUGAGCUUGAGACAUUGUAUCAGCUGGUAGGAACGGUAUGUUUCAUUGCAACUUAGCAGCGAGUCUGUAGCGCGAUAAGUACAGUGUUUCUGUCUGUCUGAUGAACUAUAUACUGUCUGUCUGAUGAACUAUAUACUCUGUCUGAUAUUCCAUAUAGUGUGUGUGUGUCUGAUAUUCCAUAUAGUGUGUGUGUGUCUGUCUGAUACUCAGUAUACUGUGUGUCUCUCUGUCUGAUAUUCCACAUAGUGUGUGUGUGUGUCUGUCUGAUACUCAGUAUACUGUGUGUGUGUGUGAUAUUCCAUAUAGUGUGUGUGUGUCUGUCUGAUACUCAGUAUACUGUGUGUCUCUCUGUCUGAUAUUCCACAUAGUGUGUGUGUGUGUGUCUGUCUGAUACUCAGUAAACUGUAUGUGUGUCUGUCUGAUACUCAGUAUACUGUGUGUGUGUCUGAUAUUCCGUAUAGUGUGUGUGUGUCUGUCUGAUACUCAGUAUACUGUGUGUGUGUGUGUCUGAUAUUCCAUAUAGUGUGUGUGUCUGUCUGAUACUCAGUAUACUGUGUGUUUGUGUGUGUGUGUGUUUGUCUGAUAUUCCAUGUAGUGUGUGUGUCUGUCUGAUACUCAGUAUACUGUGUGUGUGUCUGAUAUUCCAUAUAGUGUGUGUGUCUGAUUCUCUAUAUACAGUGUGUGUGUGGGUGUCUGAUACCCUAUAUACUGUGUUUGUGUGGGUUUCUGAUACUCUAUAUACUGUGUGUGUGUCUGUCUGAUAUUCCAUAUACAGUGUGUGUGUGUCUGAUACCCUAUAUACUGUGUGUGUGUGAUACUCUAUAUACUGUAUCUGUCUGUGUGAUACUCUAUAUACUGUAUGUCUAUCUGAUACAAUAUAUAUACUGUGUAUAUGACUAAAUCACUCUAUAUAUAGUAUAUGUAUCUCACGCACUCUAUAUACAGUAUGUGUGUCUAUCUGGUGCACUCCAUAUACAUUGUUUGUAAUCAUGCCUCCUGCCUGUAACGUGUACCAGUUCAGUGUACACACUGUGUCUGUUUACUAUGCGUGAACACAGAGCUUUAAUAUGGGAUCAGAUGUACAUAAUAUAUAUUUUAGAGAGACCAGUAGGGUAUGUUCCUUUGUCGCCUUAAACAUUGUUUGUAUGUGUGUGUGCAUUUAUUUAUAUGGAUCCAACUCGUAAUUAUUUAAACCUUUCAUUAGAUCGUGACUUCCUCUCUGAUCUAUAUAGUCAUUUAUAAUAUACAGCGCAGUCUAUAGAGCAUUCAGUGUGUAGCUGUGUGUACAGUAUAUGAUAUUGUCUAUAUAAGUCUUUGGUCGGUCUGUAUAACUGUCUCUGUUUAUACAGCUGUUCAAUGUGUCCCUUUGUCUUUGCCCAUUGUCUGUCUCUGCAGGCCUGAUUUCCAUAGUCUUAGUGGCCCUGGCUAUCUCACUGUCUGUGUCACUGAGUAAAUCUCCACCUUGACUUCUUCUUAAAAAGCUCUUAUCUUCCUUCUGUAGUGUAAAUGCUGUCUCUCUGACCCCGUCUGUGCUUUUUUCACCAUCGUUUCCUUUUGUUCCUAUUUGUGUAUGGGGAUUUCCAGUUUAAAUCAUAAUCCUCUCUCUGCAGUCUAUAUCAUUACUUCCCAAUCUGUCACCCCAUGUAUGUCUGUCUGUCUGUCUUUAUUAAUUCAGUAUCUAUUUGGCAGUCUACAACAGUGAUAUUGUAUUCUGCAACUGCCCUCCAAUAGGAACCGUGCUUUACUAAUACUUUCCUGUAUUUAUAUUUUUGUUGAUAUACAAAUCAAACUCUUCGGUCCAUAAUCCUUCCAGUAAAUGACAUUUGAUUUACGUAUUCACUUUGUGUACCACUAACCAGUUUUUUGCCCCUAGGCUACUAACUACUAGCUUGAUUCUGGCCCUCGAUGGCUAGCUUUGGACAGCCCUGAUAUAUUACAUGCAUGUGGCUUUCAUCUAAAAAUUAUUCAUUAUACCAGCUGUGAUCCCGGCAGUAAAUAAUUGUGACAUAAUGUGAUAUAUGUUAAGACCUUUCUUUCUAUAUAUAGUAAUAUUGUGUAUCUAGGCUCUAUAAUAGGAUCAUUUAAUUCAUGAUAUACACAGCCCUACCCCCCACCCCCACCUUUUUUUCCUUCACCCACUGUUUCUUCAUUUUUAUGUCUACCCAUGUCCGGUUCCCCUUUUUUUCUCACCUCUUUCUCUUUUUCUCUUCCUCUAAGUUUAGUUCUAAAAUUUCUCGUCUGUAUAUUAUUUUUGCUUCUGUUUACAUGAUGAAACUCUACUAAUGCAAGCAAAGUCAGCCUUCUUCUUUUCUGUUUUCGAAUUCACUCCAUCCAUCUCCUAUCCUUCACAAUCAACUCAUAAAAGUAAUCUUUCCCACUAUGUCUUAUUUACCAGUAACUCCCUUUUUUUUCUAUCCCGUAACAUUUUGGCUUCCAUUAAUAUUAGUAUCAUUCUUUGCCUUCCUCUUUAAACCUUCGUAAACAAACCACUAUAUUUUCUUUCUUUUUCUGGUCUUUCCCUUUUGUCUCUCUGUUCUUCAUCUUUUCCAACCAGUAAUGUCGUCUUUGUUUCCUUUCUCCACAAGGUUUCUCAAUGAGAAGUCAAUAGAUCGCAAAAAGACGACCUUCAACAUGCCUCCAGAGAGCAAAAUGACCUCGUAAAGCAAGGAGAUAGCUUCAGACAGAGUAAAUACCAAGUGCUCAUUAUCAAACUGCAGCUAUCUAAAGAUGAUGGAGGUUCCAGACUGGAAGUUUCAUCUUCUGGAGAGGAGACGGAAGGAAGAAGAAGAGAUGAAACGAAAGGAGAGAGAGGAAGAAGAUCGCCUUGCCAAUAUGCCUCCAUGGAAAAGAGAAAUCAUCCUUCGAAGGAAAGCCAAGGCUGAAGCAUCUAUGUUGGAGACUAGAGCUGAGGUUGAGGGAGAACAAGAAGAGAGAGAAAAAGUGAGUAGCGUAGAUCAAGACGAAAGAGAGGCUCGAGUAUUAAGGGAAAACAUUGGACCAGUUCAACAGAACCCAUUUAUUCAGCUGGAAAAGCAGAGGAGGGUCCCAGAACUUUCCUGUAGUAAACCAAAGCCAACCCCAGAUCUGCCUAUUGUACGCACUUUGCGAAUGGAUGAUGUUGUCAAGGAUUUGCAUCCAUCAAAUGAAGAAGAGGAACUGGAGGCUCUCACUGAUGACCAGCCACCUCUCCUAGAUGAGAGAAAAGGAAGGGUCAGCAGACUAUUGAGUCGUUUUGGACGUUCAUGGGUUGAGGCAGAGAAUGGGGGCACAGUUGUUCCACGUAUCAAUGGGGAGGGAGAGGUGACAGUUAAGCCACCGUGCCCUGCAGUGAUGUCGGUGGAACUUGAUAUCCAGGCCUCAACAUCUCAUUCUCAGCUUGCUCCGCCUUCUCCUUCCUGUCCUCGGACUGUCACGGGAAGCCAGACUUUAACUCAGGAAACCACUGUCUCCUCCCUCACCCCCCCAUCCUCUUCCUGCACUGAUUCUGAGCCAGCUGUGCACUUGCCCUGUAUGGCAUCACCAACAGCCAUGAGUGGGCUUGCUACACGGCCUAGCACGGCUGAGGAUGCCAGAACCUUUCCAUUUCAACUACGUUCAGCUUCUUCUAGUGCACCAAGACCACUAAAACAGACAGUUCAAGCUUCCCCUCCAACACCCAAACAUGUCACAGGGCGAGUGGAGGCAGAUGGAGAAGGGGGUCCUUCCAUAUCCAGGGUUACAGGCCUUUCACCAGCCAGUAAAAUAGUCAUAGGUGGAGAAAACCAGGCCAUGCAGCGGAGGAAAGGCAAUACAAUUACAGUAAACCCACGUAAGGCACCUGUUUGUGAGAAUGGUUACGUUGCCACUGAGACUAAGACUCCUAGCCCCAAGACUGAUGCUGGCAAGAAGAGAUACCCAACAGUUGAUGAAAUUAAAGUGAUAGGAGGCUACCAGGCAUUGUCAAAGUCCUGUCUGGCAAAGCACAGUCAGGAUAAGAAGAAGGUAAGGCUGAAAUCUUUCCUUUUUAAAUAGAUAUUGAUAUAGAUAUCUGUAGAUAUAUGCAAAGAUUUUAAAUAUGCAGAUUGAUUGUCCAUUAUUCGGCUGACUAGCCACCCAUCAGCUGGUCUAUAUCUAAUGCUGCUGGGAAUAAAAAAAAAGCUGAGAUUAAUAAUUCUCCUGUGUGGCUUCAUUGGACACAACAUUUUCAGAAUUCUAUCCAGAAUUUAAUGAGUUAACCUCUUUGAAUUUCUGUAUCCAGAGUGUAAUCAUGAGCUGGCUGAGCAGAAAGGGAGUGGUAGUCCUAAGCCCUGCCCUUGUUUAAAGCUCCGGGGCACACUUAGUAUGUAGGUAUUCUGAAUGCCAGGGAUUUCAAGCAGAAACUAAUUACACAAUCCUGUUUAAAAUUCAUCAUUUCCUCUCCAGCCCUUUCAAUGACGGCUUCUCAGUGGAUAUUAUGCUUUACCUCCCCACCCCCCAUAUACAUAUCAGUGAUCCAGCAAUGGAGUUAUUUUCUGCAGGAAUGUGAGUUCUGAUAACAAACACACAGCAAGUUUAGACAUGUGCACUUGUGUCCUGCUCAAAACAGAAGCUGAUGCUGGAGUCAGGUCUCCAUCACAGGGAAAAUUAACUCAAACUUAUCUACCACCUUCAAAAUGAUAUUUAGGCUAGUGGAGGCCAAAAAAAGGUCCUCCGGCCAACUGGACGUCAACCUAUCGUUCCUGUAAGUUUUCUUGUAAUUGUCCUAUUUAUAGUUAAAUCCCCCUCUCAUAAUAUUGUAAAGCGCUACGGAAUCUGUUGGCGCUAUAUAAUUGUCAAUAAUAAUAAUAAUAACUAUUACUACUCCCAUGAUGCUUUGCUGUCCUUUAACCCAUUAACCCCUUAAGGACCAAACUUCUGGAAUAAAAGGGAAUCAUGACAUGUCACAAAUGUCAUGUGUCCUUAAGGGGUUAAGGUAUUCAUUUCCAGUGAUGGGCCUAGUUUGCAGCUAAGUGCAGCAUUAUUUGACCAAUUAUAUGUUAACCAGAAUAAUCCUUAAACCUGCCCGAGCUCAGUGUUUUUGCUUUUUGAGUUAAAAUACAGGAAGUUACACGAGGUUCUCAGGAAACUUGAUUUCUACAUGACUGUAUAUGGAGAGCCUUACACUGCAGAAGGAAACCACAGGACAGUGAUAUAACUAGUGCGAUCGUAUGAUAGCCACACUGUGACGCACCAAAGGCCGCCUUUAAAAGCUGCGGUGUGGUAAUGAAAAAAAAAAACAUACGCUUUUAUAUUUACUAAUGUGAGAAUUCAAAAGGAGUUUGAAAUUAUAGGCCAACUGAACACAUGGAUAUCUUAGAGAUUUUACUGCAGUUCGGCUAAUGUGAAUUUGAAUAUUAAAUUCACUUGGAAUUCUCGUUUUAGUAAUUAACCCUGAUAGUGAGAAAUAAACUUUAAAUUCUACAAUGUCCAAAUUUAAAUGACAAAACUGACUCCAAAAUGGCUGAUUUGAAAAAGAAAAUAGCCAAAUCACACAGGUAGGCUAUUUUACUCUAGAUUUUGCCACUCAGGUUUCAUUUUGAUACAAUUGGAGUUUGGGGAAUAAACCGCAGGUGCCAAAUAUGAACCCGCUGGCCCUUAUAGAAAGCCCAAUUCCCAUGCAGCAUUCAUCGUUAGAUACAAUCUCUAAUUUGUACAGAUUGGCACAGACAGCAUUGGUUUUGAUGAUAUUAACCCGGAGCCCUACCACCUCUGCUGGGCGGCCAUUUCAGUCAUACACCGUACUUUCUGUGAAAAGCAUUGUAUAAGGUUCACUUUAAUCCUACUUCUUACCAUGUAAUCUCCACUCCAGAGCCUGACACAUUGUUCUAGACAUUCCAUCUGUGUGAAAUGUGAUUUAAAUCUCCACAUACAUCAAGCUUCUUGUAUUAUGUCACAUUAUCCAUUCUCUGUUCCCAGCUCAAGCAGGUAUCUGGCCUGUAUAUCUGCAUUUUAUCAUAUAACCCAUUCUUUCCCUGCUCUGAGCUACACACCUUACAGUCACUCCACUUCCCCUAUUUAUCCACUAAACUCAGACUUGUAGUGAAAUCAGAUCUAUACGGGGUAAUUCGCUCUAAAUUAGACAAGCUGUGACUGCAGGUGAGAUGGAGAAUUUUUUUUCAGCACAUCUUUAUUCAGUACAAAUUGGUGUUUCAAUAAAUCCAUCCGUUUGAGACUUCAGAAAUGAAGAGUUAAAUCAUAUUGUAAAAGUCAAAAAUAAAACUGACGAAAUCUAAAAAUCUAGCUAAAAUGUGGUAAAAAAAAAUGAAAACAGUUAAAAACAAAAUGACAAGGCCCUUUCCCUAUAUAUAAUCUAAUCCCAGUCCAAGUACUAUUUACACCAUUUUACAGAUAUUUUGAUGUCUAAUUUCUGGGGGCGGGUUAUGAUAAGGUAUCCAGAUUCCUAUGUGGUGCUGUAGGUGAGACUUUACAUGAAAACGUUAUUAGAUGCAAAUCUAAGAGUCCUCUUCACUUCCUUCACUUUUAAUUUAUUUAAAUAUCUCCUCGUCUCCCCCCUCACUGUCAGGGUUCGGCAGUGGUAAAGCAUGGGAGCUGGGAGUUGAGUGCCUCCUCCACUCGCAGGUGUCGUCAUGUGGCCAGUGUGAUGUCAUAACCCUGGAUGACACUUCAUUCUAGCUAGGAAUAAGGUGUGGAGAGAUCUUGAUGCGCUGCUUCUCCCCUGCUCCUGUGUUUCACCACCAUCACUCUGUCACCGUUUACACGUGGAGGACGUCCUGCUACACCUGUUAGACCAGUGAAGAUCGAGCUGUUAAAGGGAACCUAAGGUCCCCAAAAGAACAAUUGUUAUAUAUCUGUCCACACCCUUUGAGUUUAAAAGUGUAAGUUUAGUAAGCGUUACUAACCUCGUUUCUAGAACCAGGCCUCCUUUUUCUGCAUGCUCCUGCUUCCUACGAACACAUCUUCUUGAUAUCCUCCAAUCCUUCUCAGUGAUUGGAGCUACUCACGCACGGCCAAAUCAGCAUUUAAUUUGUAGAUCGGGUUUUACACUGUCUGGGGGAGGAAGUGCCUUUAGUGGAUGUCAGUAUGACACCAGAGGUGUAUUUAAUCCUCCAAUAUAAACAUUGGCAUUUCUACAAAACUGCAAUCGUUUACAUUGCAGGCCUAAAACUAAAGGACCAUUUCAUUAAGAUAAAGUAGUCUUGGUGACUAUUGUGUCCCUUUAAACUGCCGUUUGUGUGGGACCUCCUGGGAGAGGCGCAAUGUACCGAGGGAUGCCAUUCCAGAGGCAUCAGUCCAGGCUACCCACUGCAGGCCUUUACAUUUCAAGAACUACACUGCUAGUCAAGGAUACGCCAGGCCUUCCUCACCGCUGCAAGCCUGGAGGGUUCAGGACACAUUUACCAGGGGUGAAGCUUCACUCACCAAAAACUAGUGACGAGUGGAAAAUUUGAGCCCUUUAUAUUGUAUAUAGCAUAAAGAAAUAUUGCAUUUCCUUCAGCCUGUGAGGUUUUUGACACAGCGAAUGAAAAGCUAUUUCCAACGUUGACCUUUAUGUCACACAUUUAUUGGAUAGAGGCACGCACUAGUUAGGUUACCUUGUAUAGGGCAGAGAAGCAUUCAAGCCGGUAAAACUCUCCAUUUAUAUCCCAAGGGCACUGGGCUGAACAUCCGAUGGGGGGUGGGGUGUACAGGAGUACUGCCAUCCUAAUUUACAUCCUCUCCAAAUAUACUAAGGGCAUUAGCCUAAAUUCUGCAGUUCCAUUAAUAAACAACUAAAUGUUUUCACACCCAGAGGGUAGACCAAGGGGCCACUGAGCACCCUACCUACAAUAGAAGCACAGUGCCAACCAGUUGCCUUUUUAUCUGUAAUGUUAAUUAAAAUAUCAAAAAACAUGUUAAGAAACACAUCUCCAUCCCAACCUCAGUGAUCGCAGUGCUACCAAAACCAGGUGUGCCCUUAGAAUGGAUUAGGGUCACAUUGGCAGAAUGUUUAAUGAGUAGUUAGAUCACUAAAUAUACCUUCAUACCUAUAAUUCCCAGUAAAUGCGUUCUGCUCCCUCCCCUCCUCCCCGUUCUGUGCCGUCAUUGCUCACUGAAGUCUGGCUUUUAGUCUCUUAAAAUUAAUCGUAAAAGGUCACUCCGGAUCAAAAUGAAACGUCUGUAAAGUGGAACAUGUCCCAUUUCUGGAACAAGACUGCCUGGACCUCCUGACCACACUGGAAGCUGGCCAUUUAAACGUUCGACCCAUCAUAUCCUUCCUGAAGUCGCUCAGCUUCGAUAAAAUAUGAUCCCGAAAUGGAAUCUAUUGGGGCUUAGUUUAGAAGGACUCUGGAAAAUUUGGAGAUGGCCAGAGAAUAGUGAAUUAGCAAAUCACGUCAUCUCUAGAAUAGUUCUGAAUUUUAGCCCUUCUCUUGUGAACAUAGCACAACACUUUAAAAAAAGACCUAUUACAUUUUUUUUAUAUCUUCCCUUUCUACCAAUGUUGACAAUAGCUGCUUUGGAAAAACAUGUAAACUUCACAAUUUUGGAAGUUCCUUAUUUGUGAAUAAAUGUCAAUGUGUUUCGAUCCCUCCUUUAAAAAAAAAGACUGAGAGAAUCUGCUGUGUUCUCGGUUUAACAGUGAGUUAUAACUGUGUAGCAGAAAUCUCAACGGCAGUUGUUAUCAUUGUUAUUAGUAGUAUUUAUAUAGCGCCAACUAAUUCUGCAGCACUUUACAAUAUUAUGAAAGGGGGGAAUUUACAAUAAAUGAGACAAUUACACAGUGACACAUGAACGAUAGGUAGAUGAGGGCCCUGCUCAAACGAGUUUACAAUCUCUAGAGGAGGUGGGGUACAAAUACACAACAGUGCAGCAAGGAUGACACCCACCAAACAAGGUGGAAAAGUAGCAUAACUGGAGGUGAGAGUGGAGUGUGGCUCUUUAAGAGAGCAAGAGACAGAUAUGGAUAGGUAUACAAGUUACUCUGGGAGUCUGUAGGCAUUUCUGAACAGAUGUUUUUUUUGGGAGGGGGCAGUUUGUCAUAGUUAAACAUUAAUCGGAUACGUUUUAGACUGCAAACAAUGUUUUAGAAAAAAACAGACCACAGCUAACUGUAAGUAAUCUACAGAGUUAUUACAUUAACAUUUAUUUAUAUAAUGCCAACAUCCAUCUCCGUUACAUUGUACAAUAGCUAAAACAAAGUAAAUAAUUCUAACAAAAUACGCCUGAGAUACGGGAACAGUAGGCAAAAGGGCCCUGCCCAAAAUAGCUACAAAUUGCACAAAAUUAUCAUAAAUUACACUUCCUCUUUAAUAAACGUUCCGAUUUAGGAUAAGCAUACCCUUGUUUACCCUAUUAUUUUAUAGGCAGGAAGUGAUUUUAUCUUUGCUAAAUGAUUUAUCAAUAAUCAAUAAGUGACCACUAAAGGGUGGAUCAAUGUGGCUCUGCAUUUAGAGCUGUAAAACGCCCAAAGGCGUGGACUGGACAGAGCACAAUACAAGGCAGGCUUGGAAUUAGCCAGAUACACCAGAUUAAGAUUUAAAAGCAGCAUGCAGCCGCAGGACGAGAAGGGGGUGAGGGGAAUCUUUUUUAUUUCAGAAGGAAAUGGAAGCUGUGAGUAACAUUAUAAGAUGGGAGGGACAAGGAGCCAGCUAGUGAGGAGGUGAGGUCAGAGACAGACACACACACUGCAGGCUGCGAGAGAUGGUCGAUUGGAAGGGAUACUGGGUGGAAGAGGCUGGGGAUAGAAAAAAAUGCAAAGGAAAAGAGAUGGAUUGGGCUGAAAAAAAUGACUUGCAGGGAAAACCUUUUUAAAGGGACACUCCACUGCCCAAACACAAAAUAACUACAAAUCACUGUUUGCACUGCAUGCAUUUAAUUAAAAAAAUUUCAUUGUAUUUAUACCGAAAAAUCUUUUGCAAAACCUGCAUUUUUCUCAUCUGCUGCUUUUGCAUGCCCUCCCCAUCUUCCUUCACCCAGACGUUCUGUGACUGUCCAAUCACAGACUUCCCAAUGCAGCUCAAUGAGAAGUCGUUGCAAGGUAUUCUAGUCAAUUGCUGCCUCCUGAGUUUAGCCCGCUCCACUGAGCUAACCAAACCAGGAAGUAACAGGACCAGUUGUCUGAUUGACAGCCAAGGGGGUGUUAUCAGGUUCAUUUAUAAAAGUGACAUUUUCUAUUGAAAAUGAAAAAAUAAUACUCUUCAUACAUACAGCUUUUUAGCAAGCUAAAGUGCUUUAGGGGUCUGGAGUGACCCUUUAAGGGUCAUUGUCAUUUCUCUGAAGAUCACCUAUAAUUUGUGUUAAACGUUUUGUUUUUUUCAUGCAAUAUUCUAUUUUCUUUUAAAGGGUUACUCCAAGCAUUAUAAACACAAGAACUCGCUGUAAUGGUUAUGAUGUCAGAAAUACCCUGGCUUGGUUACCCCAUAAAGGGGCAAACUGUUUUGGAAUGGUUUGCCCUCUUACCGGAGUCCCAGAUGGCGACAUGUGCGGAAUCCGGUUGCCAUUAAUUGUCUGAGAGCAUCAACCAACUGCCAUCAGCCAAUGAAUGGCGCACAGCGCAAAAUAAUUUGCACAGAAGUGACAUCACGGAAUUCUUGUUCCAAGCUGGCUAAUGACGCCCCUAUGACGUGAGAGUUCUUCUCACUGACAGCAUGACAAUGUGCUUACAGUAAAGACCAAAGUAAUAAGAAAUAAUAAUAUGAAAUAUUCUAACCAGGCAGGGAUUUAAUAGUUGCCAGAUUCUGGGUAUAUUUUAUUUUAUUAUCCAAAUUAAUAUCACCCAUUUCAUUGACCAUGGAUGGAUGCAAGUCCAAGCUGACACAGGAAGGUUAAACGAAAGGACUACCAUAACCACUCGUGCACCUUCCAUAGAUUAUGGUACAAGGGAUUCUAGGUUUUAGUCUCACCUCUUCCAUUCUAUAGCUCUAGUAAAUCUUAGUAUAACUUUAUACCCUUUUGCCACCACUGUGUGAUGUAACCAGGAAAGCUCUAGCCAUGACCCAAAUAUUUUGUAUAGCGUGCGCAUGUGUCCUGACUGACAUGUGUCAUCCGUCCAGGAGAUUUGUUGGGCUGGCUGCACAUAUGCAAGUAGCUUCAUUCAUGAAAAUGCAUGAGAAACUUCAAGGUAGACCAGUGAUGGCUAACCUUGACACUAUAAAUUGUUUCUGCACUACAUUGCCCAUGAUGCUCAGCUAGCUUUUAGACUCUAAAAGCUAGCUGAGCAUCAUGGGCACUGUAGUACGGAAACAAUUUAUGGUGUCAAGGUUAGCCAUCACUGAGGUAGACUAACAGGAGCCAUGCCGCCACAGAGCUUAGUUGUGUUUACAGAUAUAUUAAAUGGCACCUUUUGGUGGAUACAAAGCGUCCAUUUAAAGAGAUGUCAAGGGAUGGGUAGGCCUUCUCUUGUACACUAUGUGUCAUCAACGAAAUAUUGCUGACUAAACAACAUUUACUUUCAGGAAGUCAGAUGAAGAUCUGCAUUGCUUAUAAAAGAGAUUUAUAAAGAAAACAGCAUUCAAAAGUGAUAAUACAAGAAUUUCACGAUAUGUGAGCAAUGUCCAUUUCAUUUUGAGGCAGGGGUAGUGGCUUCCCUUUAAUUAUUCAUAUUGAAGAAAAAUAGCACAUAUAUUUCUUGUUAUAUGUUUUAAAUCUCAGCCUUUGAUCAGCAAUGUUUGAUAGAUCUCUGUAUGAUCAGUUCAGUGAUGGAGGAGGGAGAACUUUGAGAAGUUUUAGAGUAUUACAAAUGUGCUCAGAACAGGGCAGGGUGAGCUAAGAACUUGGGUGGAGAGGGGAACAUUUUUAAUAUAACUACUUCUUUAAAAUUGGCAGAAGUAACUGUGAAACAGCUUAAGGCAGACGGAAGAGAGUAUCUGGGGCACAUGGGGGACUCCAGAGUGACGACUGUAAAGAGACAUCCCCCCUUUUGUGCAGACAGUCAAGUAAAGAGUUAAGGAACAGGAGGGGCUGGUUUGGAGACAAGGCUGAAAGAGGGACACAUCUGGGGUCAUGGGGGAGGGAGACAGCUGGUCAAGAUACAGGAGGGGAGGGGGGGAAUCAGCACUACCCCAUGGCAGAGACAGCCAUUACUAAUGAGAGUAAAAUACAAUAAGAGGAACCGAGACAGUAACAAACAGAUUAAUAAUUAUUGACAUUUUUGAGGAACUGCUGAGGCACUAAUUAUUCUUCUCUAUCCUAAUUUUAGAUGUUUCAUAUUUGUAACAUCUUGUCCUUAUUUGGAUUUAUUUAUUUUUACUCUACUCCUCUAUGAUUUGUACUCAACACCAGCUAUAUUAAUCACUGCGCCUGGCAUCUCCUUUUUCCCUCAUUGUUUGCUCCUGUGGGCUUCUCUCUCUCUCUCUCCAGAACAACCAUUGUCCUCACUGCCUCCAUCUUUCCAGCUCCUGCUAUCAAUAUAACAUAACUCUAGCUGCCUUUAAAAAGACCACACCAUCAUUUCAACUGCAUUUCUCUAAACCAACCCCACCAUUCACACUGCAUCCCUCCAUGCCACCCCACCAUUCACACUGCAUCCCUCAAUGCCACCCCACCAUUCACACUGCAUCCCUCCAUGCCACCCCACCAUACACACUGCAUCCCUCUAGGCCACCCCACCAUUCACACUGCAUCCCUCCAUGCCACCCCACCAUACACACUGUAUCUCUCCAUGCCACCCCACCAUUCACACUGCAUCCCUCCAUGCCACCCCGCCAUACACACUGCAUCUCUCCAAGUCACCCCACCAUUCACACUGCAUCCCUCCAGGCCACCCCACCAUUCACACCGCAUCUCUCCAUGCCACCCCACCAUUCACACUGUAUCUCUCCAUGCCACCCCACCAUUCACACUGCAUCCCUCCAUGCCACCCCACCAUUCACACUGCAUCCCUCCAGGCCACCCCACCAUUCACACUGCAUCCCUCCAUGCCACCUCACCAUACACACUGCAUCCCUCUAGGACACCCCACCAUUCACACUGCAUCCCUCCAUUCACACUGCAUCCCUCCAGGCCACCCCACCAUUCACACUGCAUCCCUCCAUGCCACCCCACCAUACACACUGCAUCCCUCUAGGCCACCCCACCAUUCACACUGCAUCCCUCCAUGCCACCCGCCAUACACACUGCAUCUCUCCAUGUCACCCCACCAUUCACACUGCAUCUCUCCAUGCCACCCCACCAUUCACACUGCAUCCCUCCAUGCCACCCCACCAUUCACACUGCAAUCUCCAGGCCACCCCACCAUUCACACUGAAUCCCUCCAUUCCACCCCAUCAUACACACUGCAUCCAUCCAUGCCACCCCACCAUUCACACUGCAUCCCUCCAGGCCACCCCACCAUUCACACUGCAUCUUCACAUGCCACCCCACCAUUCACACUGCAUCUCUCCAUGCCACCCUACCAUUCACACUGCAUCUCUCCAUGCCAUCCCACCAUUCACACUGCAUCUCUCCAUGCCACCCUACCAUUCACACUGCAUCUCUCCAUGCCACCCUACCAUUCACACUGCAUCUCUCCAUGCCACCCCACCAUUCACACUGCAUCUCUCCAUGCCACCCCAUCAUUCACACCGCAUCUCUCCAUGCCAACCCACCAUUCACACUGCAUCUCCCCAUGCCACCCACCAUUCACACUGCAUCUCUCCAUGCCACCCCACCAUUCACACUGCAUCUCUCCAUGCCACACCUACUACCAUUCACACUGCAUCUCUCCAUGCCACCCCACCAUUCACACUGCAUCUCUCCAUGCCACCCCACCAUUCACACUGUAUCUCUCCAUGCCACCCCACCAUUCACAUUGCAUCUCUCCAUGCCACCCCACCACUCACACUGCAUCUCUCCAUGCCACCCCACCAUUCACACUGCAUCUCUCCAUGCCACCCCACCAUUCACACUGCAUCUCUCCAUGCCACCCCACCAUUCACACUGCAUCUCUCCAAGCCACACCACCAUUCACACUGCAUCUCUCCAUGCCACCCCACCAUUCACACUGCAUCUCUCCAUGCCACCUCACCAUUCACACUGCAUCUGUCCAGAUCACCCCCAUUAUUCUUGCUAUAUGUCCAGAUCACCCCACCAUUCACUGUAUCUCCUCAUGCUACCCCACCAUUGUGCCUUGAGUCUCCUGCCCCACAUUGCUAAUUUUGUUCCCUCCCCAUUGUCAUCCUUUCCAUCAUUCCAUCUACCCCCUGAUCUUGCACUGCGCUCUUCCUGCACAGAUCAUCUGCCUGCAGCUCCCAACUCCUCUUUCCAUGUAUAUCCCUUAAUGCAAAAUCCUGUUAAAGCCCAUUCAAUUAAGAUUAAAAGUGAUUACCCUUGUUAACCCUUUCACGGUCAGAAUUGGUAAAUCUUUAAAUCUUUGAUCACUUUUCACACAAACACGUGCCAUUCAGUACAACCCAUCACUGAUACAACCUUGUGAUCUCGCUCAUCCAGCAAAUCGCAGAGAUUGCCACUCCUACUACCACUAUUACCCCAGGACGGAGUUUGCGGCCAAUGAAUGUACUAUGUAGCUAGGUAUACAGACAGGCAGACAUCAACUCUCAUAGCUUUAGAAGACGCUUGACCUCCACGUGUCAGAACUGACAGAACUGAGCUGCCAAGAUUACCAUCUGCACAUCUAUUGUAAAUCAGUUUUACUGUAAUAACUGCCUCCCAUGAGGCCUGUCAAGAUUAGAUAUCAGCUAUCGCUUAUUUAAAUCAUUUUCUAAUGGUUCUAACUACAUUCCAAACUCAGCCAGUUCCUUCACAAUUCGCUUAAAGUGAAAAUAUUCAGGGGGUCCCAGUCCACACAACAAUGAAACAAAUUAAUCAUAAACUAAAGGGGGCUAUACAAAUCUCCAGAAGUAUGUUAGUUAAAUAAUAAUAAUAAAUACACAGAAAAUUCUGUCACGUGCUAAUACCCCCCCACCCCACAAGAGUUAGAAAUUAUUAAAGGACUGCAACUUUUGUUUUAAAUAUUAUAAAACACAGAUUAUUUUACACAGUCACAGAAAUAAUGAUUGGUGAAUUAUAAUAUAUUACCUAAUUAGAUUCAUGGUAAGAUUGAAAAAAAACAAAACAAAUAUUAGAUUUAAGUAACUAUUGCAUCUGUCAGCUUUAUCAAUAUUAUUUUAUCACCAUUAUCAAAGCACCAACAUUGGGAGGGAUACAUUGUUGCAAAUAAUUAACAGACAAAAUAAAGAGAGAGAGAAUAUGUAACUACAAUUGAAUAUUGUAAAUAUAUGUCUGUUCAUUAGUUGCAACAAUGUAUCCAAAUGUUUGAAUGUAAAGAAAUGUGGUAAAUUGUAAUGCUUUGCAAAUGAUGAUAAAAUAAUAAUAAGAACUAUAAUGGUUAGGAAUGAUAUGUUGGCGCCCUCUAAUGGCAGACAUUAAUCAAGCAAUCAAAUGUGCAAUGGGAGCUGCAAUAUAGCUGUUUUAGUUCCUGUCUCACUAUGAUCAGAAAAAGAAGGAACUCCCAAAAGCUCUUUACUACAAAUGUCUGGUGGUCCAAUAAAAAAAGGUGCAGGUCCAGUAUUUUGUAAUCACAUCAAUGUAGUUUAUGCAUGAAAAGAGGAAAAAGAACAUUUCAAAAAUGAAUGUGUAACCUUGUGGUUCUGGUACCUAUGAGAAGCCUUCAUCACCACAUGCACUCAGGAAGGGCUGGGGUCGGCGGCUCCUGAGAUAGCUUCUGUUUAAACCAUAAUUGGCCAUGCACAACGUGUGUUCUACGGUAACAUUCUACAAUAGAAUCUUCAGUUACUGUAAGGGUAAACAAAACGGACAAAGGGAGAAUAUUACAUUGAAAAAGAAUAAAGUAAUGGAACAACAGGGCAAGACUUAGGCUGAUGAGACAAUAGACUACUUAGAGAAAGGGUAGAAGAUAUUAGUAAUAGCCAUCCUGUGCACGCAGUGAUUGAUGUCUAACACGUGAAAUGGGUGCAUUCUUGGGAUGUGUCUAUCAUAAAUAAACAAUAAGCAAAAUCAUUGUCAAUAAAUGGCUUUAAUCGGCCUUGUAUCUGCUAUCACAAGGUCUCUCUGUAAAGACCAGCCUCUUCACCACCUAUGAGCUCAUUAGACUUCAUAAUAUUAAAUUAUAAUAAAAAUAUUUUUAAAUAUAUUUUAAAAAAUCUAUAUAUAUAUUUUUUUGUUGUAAAUUUCUUUAUUAUGGGUUUUUCAUGUUAUAACAUGCAAUAAGUUAAGAUACAUUAUGAAACUCGCAGGUUUCGUAUACUUAUGGGUGCUUAGUGUACAUUGAGAUAUGUAAAUCUCUGUGUAAGCUUCAAUGGUAGGGAGACUCGCAGGUCUCGUGGCAAGAUGUGUCAUAUGAUCAUAUCGUUCAGAAGCGAGAUCGUAGGUCCACAAUACCGUUGCUUAUGAUAAUUGGCUGUAGGAGUUACCGUUAUAGUGGGCAGACUACAGAGGUGUGUAUUAAUUACCCUCCUAGUUAGGUCUAGAGUUGUGCUUCUUAGUUUGCUAUCGUCUUAGUCCCAGUAUUUGUCCGUGCGGUCGUGUUUCUCGUGUCAUCAGUCUAUGGGUGGGCAGAGUUAGUGCUAAAGGUCCUUUCGGUCUUUGUGUGUCCAGAUUGGGACUCGUCGUCUUUGGCCCGGAUUAGGGUGUUUAUGAGUGGUGUAUUGCAUGGUCCAGCGUUUACUUUAUCGUGGGUGCGGUGGUGUGGAAGGGCCCCGUGUCCUUUCAUGCGUCUGGUCUUAUUCAGUGCUGUCAUAGUUUUGUCUCAGAAGGAGGCCAAGGGUAGGACCUGCGGGCCCCAGCCGCCACCGCCCGGGCACCGAGGCAAGUCUAGAUAACGGGGGAGAGAAAAAGAAGAUGAAGAAGAGAAGGAGGGAGGGGCGGGAGGGGGAGAGUGGGGUGCAGGGGCCCUGGGGGGGGGAUGCUUGCGUAGAUUAUACGUUGGUUGUGUGUGUCUCGGUGGCUCCUAUGUCUCUCUCCUCCCCCUGUGUUCGUGUGUGUGUUAGGUACAUGUACCAAGGCCUCCAUAAGUCGACAUGUUUGGUGCUUCUCCCUUGUAGGUCCGCGAUCUUUGCUUCCGCUGUGUGGAUUUCCUCGACUUUCUGUUGCCAUUGUGCAAUCGUUGGUGGUUGUGUGCUUUUCCACAUCGUUGGAAUUAGGGCUUUAGCUGCAUUGAGUAGGUGUCUCAGGAUUGAUCUCUUGUAUUGUGCCACGGAUUGGUUCGUGAAGUGGAGCAGGGCGGCUUCUAUGCUAAGGUCUGGUGUGUCGCUUAGAAUCGAGUUUAGUUCUUGUCGGAUUUGUUCCCAGUAUGGUUGUAUUUUAAUGCAGUCCCACCAUAUAUGUUGUACUGUACCCGUGUGGGUUUCACAUCUCCAGCAUGUGUCAGGGGUUCCUGGGAAUAUCCUGUGUAGCAAUGCAGGUGUUCGGUACCAGUGGGAUAGUAGUUUAAAAUUGGCCUCCUGGUAUUUUGAGCUGAUCGAGCUCUUAUGUUGUAGUAUGAGGAUCUGUUCCCAUUGCGCGUCGCUGUAGGUCCUGCCUGUGAGGUCUUCCCACCGGCCUUUAAAUGCUGUAUUCCUGACCCGGUCUCCCAGCAGUAUUCUUUGGUAUAUUAUGGAGACUCUCCCAUCCGCCUCAGGGGUGUUGACGCACAGGUUUUCGAACCAUGUUGUGUCCCUGUGUACUGCCUGUCUAUUCGGGAUGUUAUAAUAGAAAUGCCUGAGUUGUGCGUACCGGAACCUGUGCAUGUGUGUGGGGGUCUCGGCCCCGGUCCAUUCCUGUAUGUUCUUUAGCCCUGCAUUAUGUAGCGCUUCCUUCAGAGGGAGAUAUUCAUCUCCAUUAGUUUCUGGCCAAGCGCUCCUCGGCAGGCCACCACCUAAGGCCCCGUUAUGUGUUAGUGGGAUCAACGGGCUCGGUUGCGGGGAGAUAUAGGCUUCCUUUCUCAUUAUAGCCCAUGUUUUCAGUGUUUGUGUGACUGGUGAAGUCCUAUUCGUGUUCGGUGGUUCACCCCUGGCUUGGUACCACACCAGUGAGGGUAGGGUACCUUGCAUGCUUACCCUGUCCAGGUCUGCCCAUCUUUUGUGGUUCGGGGCUGUAAGCCAGUCUCUGAUCCUCUGUAGGACCGUAGCCUGGUCGUAUUUUCGCACAUCGGGCAGUGCUAGUCCGCCCCAUGCUUUGGGUAGGCAUAGUUUAUCGUGGCUGAGCCUCGCCUGGCAUCCUUUCCAGACGUAACUGCUUAUCGCAGAUUUAAUUGUCGCGAAGAAAUCCGGCGGUAUGUGCCACGGUAUGGUGUUAAAAUAGUACAGGAGUCUUGGCAGAAUGUUCAUUUUUACUACCGCUAUUCGCCCUUGCCAGGAGAUGUAUUCAUGGUUCCAUGUCUUCAGAUCUCUUUGAAGUUGGUGAAGGAGCGGGGUGUAGUUCCUCGAGUAUAGUUCUGAUGGUUUGCAUGGAAUCCAUAUGCCAAGGUACUUCAUCUGGUCUUCGCAGCAUGUGAAGGGAUAGGUCCGUUUGAUCUGGUAAAAUAUAUAUAUAUAUAUAUAUAUAUAUAUAAAAAGAAUAUUGCAAUAUUUUUCAAAAUAUGAAAUCAGUUGAAAAGCUUAUCCAGGAAUUUUAAAUCGAGCACAUUCGAGCCUCCAUCCUUUCGCUAUUGCCACAGUGUAAAAUUCUUUAAUGUAAGUAAGAUUCUAGGACUGUAAGGAUCAAGAUGUCAAUGAAUCGCAUAAUCGAAAAAGUUAAUUCUAUACUAUCUCUGUUUUCAUUUAAUCUCCAGCUGAAUAUCUCCUUCCCGGAGUCGGAUUUGGAGAUCACGUUUGAGUACCCAUCUGAGAGUUCACUCAUGGCUGAGUUUGGGCCCCCGGAUGAAUCUGAAGCUGUUGUGCCCCAGCCACAAGCUGAAGACGAUGAAGAAGAGGAGAGUGUUUUAAUAGGGGGUAUCAUGAGACGGAAAGCCCUCAUUGUGGGUAAGUAUAAAUAAUAGCAAUAUACCCACAGGAUGUCUUUCUAAAUUUCUCGGUUUCUCUUCUUCUUUGUCCCCACUCUUUCACAUCUACAUGACUUGUGAAUUUCCUGCCCACACUGUCACAUGCCCCAUAAGAGACAAUCGUCACUGUGAACCAUGGAUGGGGAGCAAAACUAACAUUAGCCCAAAAUGCCAACACCUCCUCUUAAGAACAUGGUUGACACAGUCUUUUCUGCUUCCAAAGUCAAUGAAACGAGUAAAGUUGAGUAGUAACCGCUAUGUCCUACUACUCAAUCUUGUACUUCUGUCAUUUCACAACUAAACUUGUCCUCCACCAGCCACUAUGACUACUCCCUGUCAUCAUCUCCACUCUUCUCACACUUCCCUUUUUCCUUCGACUACUCAUUCUGUUCUUUUCCACUUACUUUACUCACACUUAAUUUUUCUCCCGCCAUCACUCAUUACAUUCUCUUAAUUUAUCAUUGUAGAUGAGUCCUGCAAGCGCUGAAGAAACACCAAAAAGCGUUAUGGGUACAGAACACAAGGCACCUGUGCAUAAAGCUACCGUCAUCAGUCAAGAUAGUUAUGGUCGAAUCCAUAACUAAUUAAAGCAACAUAUAACCGUUGCAAAAUUGGCAGGUUUACCAAUGGACGUAUCAAUGGCUGCUUGCACAAAUGGUUCUUUUCAGAGAAACAGUAUCUGGUGGAGAUGGUAACAAUGUACUCUUGGACCAGAAAUGGAUUCUAGUAGAACUGGGUAACUUUUCCAACAGGACUUUAUCCUGGCACUAUGCCCACUAGAGGAACCAGAAAUGGGAGUCACUAGACCCUGCUAAGUUUGCCAGUGGAACCAAUAUUGCUAAAAUAAACAUGGAUUUGGCUUAAUAUUUGAACUAGCACAACCCAUCGAUUCACCAGUGGAAUUAGUAACAGUGACCUGCUCUUCUAACUAAUACAAAAAGCAACUAGUUACUUGUAAAACUAGUCAUGGAAAUACUGGUAGAGUGUAGCGAGAGAGGAGAUUCUUUUUACAAACUGAUUUACUUUUAGUGAACUUACAGACACUGCUAGUUAAUGACAACUCCCUAGUAAUCAUUCUUGCCACUAUUUAGCUUAGUUAGUUAUUAAUAAGUCUAGAUACUGUUGCCAACCAUGGAACUAGUAUCAUACACGAGAUCGUUUUACUUGUGGUCACUACUAUAACUAGUUAAAAAUAGUUCUAGAUGGAGCCAGUUGCUGUUGCUAACCACUAACUUUACGGGAACUCACAUUUCCUAUACCCUUGUUCUUAAAUCCACGAUACUGACUCGUAAAAAAACCCACUCUGAUUCGUUACAAAGAGUCACUGAUCACAGGAAGCAGACCGCUCAAAGUUACCAGUGUGGACAAACUGGUUUUAACUAGUUAAGAGUACUAGUGAGUAUUAUCCAGUGUUUUUUUAUUUUAUUUUCUUAUUUUUACUUUUGAAUAUUUUUUGUAUUUUUAUAAAAUAAGUUUUGUUUGUAAAAAAACAAAACAAAACAAAAAACGAACGAACAAAAGAAACAAAGAUUAAAAAAAAGCGUGAUUUACAUUGCAGGAAGCUAAUCCCUUGAUUGUGAUUGGCGGAUUUAGAAAAGAAUGGGAGUACAUACUGCCAUAUGUUUUUUAAUAUACAUGUAUUCCUAACAAUUACAUUAUCAGUAUCAUUUGGGUAUUUGGAGCCCUUGACGAGACAGUUUCUGUAUGGGGUCACUGGACAUCAUAAUACCCCCUGCAGAGCAACAGAUCUAUCAAUAAUGCACUGCAUUCUGCACUUAUUUUGUAAUAUUUUAAUAUAUAUGUGUGUGUUUUUAUUGUAUCUUUUGAGAUGGAUGUAUGGUGGUAAAUCACGCUAUUAAGAGUGGACUUUAACACCUCUUUACUUAAAAGUGCUGUAAAAUAUGACAGCGCUGAGUAUGACCAGUUGAGAUUUCUACAUGUCCAUUCAAAAAAAUAUUUUAGAUUUCAAAGUUAGUCACCAGCUUGUAUAUAUCAAAAACUGCUCACCACUAUUAAGUGCUGCGUGUUUCUGGCCAGUUUAUAGCUCCUCUGAAUAAUUGUAAAUCACCGCAUGUUUAUUGUUGAUGUAUGUUUAGGUUCCAGUUACCAUUAUAGCAAACCGCAUGCUUGCUAAAAAUGCUAAGCAUUGUUGUCUAUACGUGUACGUAUGGUCAUACUCUGUACUGUUGUAUGCUGCAGCAUGUAAUGUUUGUAUGACUUUGAAUUUCUGUGUGUGCCCGUUACUGUUUCAAUGUUACUUUACGUAUAAUUUGGCCAGGGGAUAAGUGACAUCCGGCAUUCCUAAUGUCGUAAAAUAAAAAUGUUGCUGUUCACGGGCAAGUAAAAACUAUUAUCUGUGGGUGAUGGAAUUUGCAUUUCAUAAUAACGGUUAGCACAUGCAUCAGGAAAGGGUUUUAUUGAAGGCUGAAUAGUAUUCUCAAUUCACAGGUCGUACUUGUAGUGGUUAUGGUGCCCUAAGUCUCUGAGCACCUGCCCCUCGGUUCUUGGUCUAUCCAUUGGUAGUGUGAAUUCCAUACAUAUUGUAACACCAUUUAUUAGCUAGGCCAGUCAGCUGACCCAUUCAGCCAAUGAUUGGAUUAAGUUGGCAUUGCAAUUAGCCCAACAGUGGAACUUCCUCAUUACCAAUGCCAGAGCGCAUCGGCCGGUCUGCAGAUGCCUUAGGCACCCCCAGAUUUCGUUAUACCGCUCAAAUUGUUUGACCAAGAACCGAAGGACAGCAAACCCAAGCUAAUGGCACUAUAACCACUAUACAGACAUGUACUAUGUGUCUAGACUACUCACUUAAGAUAUUUGUAUUUCGGAUGCUUCCAGCCUGCCUGUACUAAUGCUCGUUAUGCAAAUGUUAAUUAUUCUGUAUCAACAGUUUAACAUGUUCUGUAACUUAUUAUAACUCAAAAUAAGCAGGCAAUUAAGAAUUAAAGACACAAGACGCAUGAAUGGUAAUUUGUUCUAAGCACAACUACUCAGUGAAAAAGUUCUUAAAAUCAGGUGAACAAUUUCAAUGAUCUAUUGGGCAAUGCGAGUUACUAACUUGAUUAUGAAAUGCAGGUGAUAGACAGUCAUCUGCCUUACUCUUUCAUUACCUUUGAUGGGUACCAGGGAUCGGAGGAAUGGAGACUGUGCCUAUGGACUUGACAGCCAAAAAAGCAUUUCAUUGUUACUUUGCCAAUAAACCAGUAUUCAUAGCUUUUGUGUGCUUUAUUUUCCAUGAUAGAUUCCCUGUUUGUGUUUACAUGCACUUGUAUAUACAGUUUGUAGCUAUGUAUCAUACGUAGUGUGGUUUUGGUGACAAAGUCAUUCCUCGAAGUCAUCUUCCUAGCUGGUGGUCCUGGGCAAGAGAAAAUAGGUGGUCCUCAAACCGAGUGUGGCAUAUUGAAAGGGGUGUUUGUAGAUGAAAUAGGGCUAAUUACCCAAAACUGAUUAAUAUAAUGGCCUGAUAGCCCAUCAUUUGUCUGUCAGACUAUGGUGUCUCAAUGACAUAUAGGAUCCCUCCCUGGUAUAUGUAUAUAGGAGAAAGAUAGUCGUAUUCAUACACAAGAUGGUUUGAAAGGGAAAAAACAGAAAAACAGACAAAACAUUGGCAGUAGGUUGUAGCCCCACCAUUUCACACUUUCUGACCACUUGGGCCACCUCUGCGCACUAUAAUAACCAGGCCUGUCACUUUCCGCCCCAAUAGUAGAAAAAAUGGCGAGAUCAUGAAAUGAAGGGACCUUGUGUGUUUCCUGUUACUGCAAUAUACUUUUCUAUAAACCAGAAAGUGAGCCCUAUCUUCUGACUUUUCAAUUUGCACAUUUUGCUCGCAGCUAAUGAUUUAUUCGUGUUACAAUGUUAAGCAAUAAUUUUGGUAUUUUUAAAAUAAAGAAUUACACAAUC